UUUGGCAUUCAACGGGGUGCUGUCAGAAGGCCGUUUCAGCUACACCUACAAGAUUCGGUGGGCAUGUGUAGCAGGUUGGGACGUACACCGACUGUCUCAGUCGCACUCCCGCGAGAAGCGAGGACCCGACCAAUGCCGCUUGUGGCUUUAAUUCUUAUUUAUUUUCUCUUUCAGGGGUCACGGCCCGGAUCCGCAUCACUACCCCAACAGCAUGAACCAUGCUGGCCACGCCCACACAUACUCCGGCCCUCCGCCCAGCGUCCUGGCUGCCCAGAUGGCUGCUGGACACGCUGCUCGAGGAGGAAGUGAACAUGACAACAGAGGCAGGACUAUGAUGGCCUAUCAGAGUGGGACUCUGGGCCGCUCCCACCACCACCAAGUGCCCCUGCCUCCUCCACCUGCUGAGGCUAUGAACGGGGGCUCCAUGUCCCUCCCACCAGUGGACUACGGUAUGGAUGGCUAUGCCAACACUGGGCCUCCUCCCCCUCCUCCCGCCCCCCUCAUCCCUUCUGCCCAGACGGCCUUUGCCUCACCCCCCGGAGGUCCGAUGUCCCCUGGACCAAUGGUUGGCGCUGGCGGCUACGCUCCGCCUCCACCACCUGUAUCUGGAGCCCAGGCAGCUCCACCUCCUCCUGGUCCUCCACCUCCUCCACUUCCAGCUGGUGCCUCCCACUCCACAACCCACAAGAUGUCCUCUGCUGCACCUGCUGAGACCACAGUGGUCAAUGAUGCCCGCAGCGAUCUGCUGGCUGCUAUACGUAUGGGCAUCCAGCUAAAGAAGGUGCAGGAGCAGCAGGAGCAGCAGGCUAAGAGGGAACCGGUUGGAAACGACGUGGCCACCAUCCUGUCGCGACGCAUCGCUGUUGAAUACUCCGACUCAGAGGACGACUCCGAGUUGGAAGAGAACGAUUGGUCGGAUUAACACAUAACACAAAGGAAAAUAGGACAACCACUGAAGAUAUGUGCACAAUAAGAUACGCAGUCAGUCAAUCUCACCUUCACCUGAAAGAAUGCCCACUGUGCCACUUUCACAAGUUGUCACAGACCUGCUGUUGCUGAAAACACAUACACAAACACACUACACCUACACACAAUCACAUGCUGUAGGUUGAUAUAAGCUGAAUGGUCCAAGACUGGAAAUCUGGGGGUGUAUUCAGUAUGCAUAAACACUGUAAAGAGACUAGUAAUAUACCAUAAUGCUGACCACUCUGUGAAACAUUAACACUGAGUUUGAUGAAUAUAUUUCAAAGCAUUGUGAAUACACCCCAGUGGAUGUUUCUCUACCUGUUGUAACACUAUAGACACCCUGUGAAGGUGCUUAUUUCAUGUAUAGUCAAAGCUUGAGAGUGUUAGAAUUAUUAGAAAACUUUCCUCUUGAGCUAACCAAUGUACUUGUCUUUUUUUAAAUGUUUUUACUGAAACACUUGCGUAUGCCAUAGAUCGUGAGGCAAAUUUUUAACGUGUAGACGACAAUAACUGGAAGAAAUGAAGGAGUUCAGUGGCAGCUGUGGUCAGAGAGCCUCAGGCUGCUAAACGAAUGACUGUGAGAAGCAUCUGAAAUGCUGUGGUUCUGGACGAGAGCGCAAUAUGUAAAAAGUCUUACUGAUCAAAAGUAUGUUAACUGUUUGAGCCAACUGCAAUCGCUCACUGCUGUGUGGGAGGGGACGGGGGGACGGGGGAGGGGUCAUGUAUAUGCUAGUUUGAACUCUGUAACAUUUGAACCAGAGACAAAAUAAAAUGAUGAAUGAAGAAUCAUGGCCGGGCUGCCAUGUCUCUUUACUGUUCCACUGUCGUCAUAGAGACGACACAUACCUGGCCCUAAGACUUCAGUUUCCAUGGUAACAGUACAGCUAAGAAGGGAGUUGCCAGGGAAACAGAAGAGUGCGAAAAAGGGGGGGUUGGGGAGGGGGUGCAGUGAUCCAGGACGAGGAUGAACAAAUUAGUCAAGGCAGGAGUUUUAUGCACAGCACAUGUUUGUUUUUAAUACAAAAUUAACAAGAUCUCUCAAUUGAGUGAACUAACCAAAGCAAUAAAAAGUACGACUAACACCUUGGAAAAAUAGACACCACGGUCACACAAAUGUUUUUACAAUAUCUCAGUUAAGUUAGUGCAUGUUGAUUAUCAUUUAUACGUUUCAUUUUGCAGAUACUUAAUUUGUUGUGCCAUUUUCAUCCAAAAAAUAAAGUGCAUUUCACACUGAAAA